UUUCACUAUUAUUAGACUUCCAAGGCCAAAACAAGAAGAGCACAGAUUGUCUAUCUUCAAAAAUCAUCUAAUUCAUCUGAAGCUGGGCAGUUUAAUAAUCGUGGUGGAGAAAAUAACAGUAAUAACACAAGUGACAGUUAUUCACCUUCAGUUGUCUGGGAAUCUGUUAUUGAUGUUCCUGAAGAAAUAAAUGAUAUAAAAUCUGAAAGUAAAAGGUCAUGUGUUUCAGAAAAAAAUCAGCCCUUUUAUCAAAAAGCUAAGCAAAAUAAAGGUCAAGAAAAUUUUCAGAUAUUUUCACCGCUUUUGAACUCAGUUUAUGAUCAAGGGAAGUGUAUAAACUUUUCAUAUAUGUCAGGUACAGAUCACUACAAAAAUACCUCAAAAAGUCCCAUGUUGUCUACGGAAUUUAUAACUGAGGACGUAAGUUCAAAGAACAUAGUUUAUAAUGCAUAUGAUGCCGUCCCAUUUUCUCUGGAAUCUGAUGAAUUUAUGUCUUAUGAUAAAAUGCCAAAUUCAGAAUUUAGUUCACAGUUUAUUCCAAAUGAUAUUUCUAAGGAAAGUGAUAAUUUAUCUGUAACUGAAUCUCCAGUUCCUGAUUUGAUUAAAAUGAAAAAUUUGAUUAGUAAAAACGAAGGUUCUGUAAAUGAAAUUUCCAAGCAAGAUCAGGACUGCAUUGAUCUUAAAUCAUCUUUAAACAGAAAAUUUUCUUGUAUCAAAGAAUCAGAUAGAAAUUAUCCUUCAAUAGAACAACAAAAUGAAACUUUUGAGGAAUAUUUAGGUAUCUCUAAGCAAAUUGAGGAUUGCAUUGAUUAUAAAUCAUCUCUGAAUAAUACUUUUGAUUUUGUCAAAGAAUCAAAUAGAAAUUCUUCAAUAAAGCAAGAUGAUAAAAGCUCUGAGGAAUACCUUAAUAUUUUGAAGGAAGGCCAGGAUUUCAUUAAUUUUAAGCCAUCACUGAACAGUACAUGGGCUCUUGUUAAGGUAUCAAAUAAAAUUACUUCAGUGGAUCAAAAAAAUGAAAAAUCUGAGUGUUUCUCUAAGAAAUCAAUGUUUUGUAAUCCCCCUACAAAUUCUGAAAAUGAGGCAUGUUUCAAAGCAGAUUUUUUCUUGCCUAUAAAGGAAGAAAAUAUUUCAUAUAACAAAAAUUUAAGUCCUAGUGUUCCUUUGAUAGGGGAUGAUAGUAAUUCUUCUGAAUUGAACUGCUUGCAGUCAGAUGCUCAAGUUAAUAUAUUAAAUCCUAUGCUGAAUGCUUUUUCUGAUACUUAUAGCUUUCUUGAUGGCGAAACUCUCCCUAAUUCUAAUGAAAGGGCUUUUCAACAUUCUUCUUCCACUAGUGCUGGAACUGAGACAUUUGAAAAUAAUUCCGAAGGAAAUUAUGAAAUUAAUGAGGAAAAUUAUUCUGAAUUUGGAAGGAGUGUUUCUUCUUAUUUUACAUUUCCUGAGAAUAAAAAUUAUUCUAAAAUAGUUUUUCAGUUACAAGAUAAUUCUACUUAUGAAAGCAGAAAUAUGAAUUGGUUUGAAAAGCCUCUUUAUGCUGAGCGUUCUAAUGCAAAAAAUCUAAUUCCUAUUCCAUAUGGCUUUUCUUCUGUGUGCAAUGGUGAUUUUUGCUCUAACAGUGCUACUAAAAUAGAAUGGGAAGAUAUUAGCAAUAAUGUUGAAGUAUGUGAAGAUACUAAAAACUAUGUUGAAGAAUAUGACAACUCAGGUAUUCUUAUGGAAGAAAAUAAUGGUAUUAAUACUUACAUUGAAGAAUAUGUAGAUCCAGUUCUUUUUAAUAACACCUACAGACCACUACAUCCAGAAAUGAACAGCUGUAGAGCUUUUCCUAACAUGUUUAAAAUUCCAAGUGAUUCUAUUCCGUAUCUGCCUAAAGAAGAAACAAGUUUUAAUCUUAACCAUAUAGAGAGCUCUGACUUUUGUUAUGAAAAUGUAAAUGGAAUGUAGAAAGGGGAAGAGUAACUUUUUUCCAUACUUUUACAAUUUUUGUAGGCGUUUUAAAACUUAUCUAUGGAAGUAAUUAGUAAUUUUAAACUGACUAUGGAAGCAUUACAUGUGGAAGUUUUUAUUAAGUUUUAAAUUUACAGUAUGUAUUUUAUAUCUUUUAUAACUAGGUUUUUUUAAUGUGUUCUGUGAUAUUUAAAUUUUGUUGUGCAAUUGUAACUUAAUUUUAAUGUAUGAGUUUUGUUUUUAUUUAUAAAUAUAUGCUUAUGUUAGCUUUGAUAUUAUAUCUAUUAACUUUGUUAAGUUAUUAUAUUUAAGUAAACAAGUUUUUGAAAAAAGAAAGUAUUUAAUUAUCUGAUAAUAUUGUUUUGUAUUGAAUGCAGUAUUAAUGUUGCCUGCUUAACACUUUUAAUGCUGUGAUAUUCUUUGUGAUAUGUUUUUGAAUUUAAUUCAUCUAAUACAUGAAGAAAUUCACUGUGAGAUUUUUCUAGUCACAUAUUUAUAUUACCUUCUUUUGGGGGGGGCAGUAAAAUAUUGUAAAUAUAAUUUCUUUUCUUUCUUAAUUUUCAGGAUUCCAGUGAAAUAAAUUUCUAUUUCUCUUAUUUAUAGAAUAUGUUAACUUUCUAUAUUUAAAAACUUUA